AUGAACAAGCGUAAGGUUGAUUGGCUUAUGAUACGGAACGUUGUAGCCUUUUGGUUUUUCGGACUGUGUAACAACUAUGGAUACGUCAUUAUGCUUAGUGCAGCUGAGGAUAUCAUGGAUGAUCAACAACAUAAACCUGCAUCAAAUGCUACAAAGCAUUGCUUCGAACAUUUGGAUAAUCGCCAUUGCACAUCAAAAUCUACUGGCGCUGUACUAAUUGCUGACAAUCUGCCAAGUUUGAUAUGCAAAUUAACUUUUCCUUUCUUCAUGCACAGAAUUCCAUUUGGUUUCCGUCAUAUUCUAGUGUGCGCACUACAGGCUUCUUCAUACCUCAUUGUAGCUUUUUCGGCCAAUGUAGCCAUGUCACUAGCUGGUGUAGCCAUGGGUAGUUUAGCAUCAGGCAUUGGAGAAAUAACAUAUUUGGGUUUAUCGUCAUUCUUUCCAUCAUCAGCCAUUGCGGCGUGGGCUUCGGGAACCGGUGGUGCCGGCCUAAUCGGAUCAUUUGCUUUCGCUUUCUUAACAGAACCAAGCAUGGGAAACUUAUCACCAAAAGUCGCACUUUUAAUCCAAUCAUUCAUACCCGCGGUCUUUCUUGUAAUUUAUUAUGUUGUCUUAUCACCUCCAGAUGAGGUUUACACACCAGGUUGGAAUCCAAAGACAUGGAUAGUUCCAUUGGAUCACGACAAAAAAAUAUUUGAGACGCAGGGUGAAGAGUCAGAGUAUCGGCCUCAGAACCUUCAACGGGUGCCACAAAGGAAGCUUACAUUCAUUGAACGAGUAGUAUUAGUGAAACCUUUACUUCAUUUAAUGAUUCCCGUAUCUCUUGUAUAUAUUGGAGAAUAUCUUAUCAAUCAAGGAUUGACUCAAAUGAUAGUAUUCAACUGUCAUAGAGGAUUCGGGUUAACAUUAGCUAGUCAAUAUAGGUGGUAUCAGGUUUUAUAUCAACUAGGAGUCUUUCUAUCGAGAUCAUCAGUCAGAUUAUUUGAAUUACCUCAAUGGUUUCUAUAUCUUUUACCAAUUUUACAGUUUUCAAAUAUGUUUUUAUUCUUUUUCGAAGCCAUCUAUUGGUUCAUACCUCACAUCUCAAUCAUUUUUGCUUUGAUUAUAUUUGAAGGAUUAUUAGGAGGAUCAUCAUAUGUUAAUACAUUCAAUCGUAUUCAUAAAACGGUUGAACCAGAUAUUCGUGAGUACUGUCUUUCAAUAGCAACUGUUGGUGACUCAAUCGGUGUAAAUCUUGCUGGAUUUGCAGCUAUUCCAUUACAUAACUGGGUGUGUGGAAUGAAAAUGCCAACGCAUAACUUAUAA